UCUCCUCCCCUCCUCUAGUCUUCUCUCCCCUCCCUGCACGCCCGCCCGCCCCGCCGGGCCUCGCCUCUCGCCUCUCGGCCCUCGGCUCCCCCUGCACUCGGCUUCCGGCCGCGUUCCCUGCAGCCGCUCUGCGCCCCGUGCCCCCCGGCCCGGCAUGGGGGGCCCCGGGGCUCGCGCGGGCCGCCCGCCGGGGCCACUCGUGCGGCCGUGGCCCCUGCAGCCCUCGCCGCCUCCCCUGUUGCUGCUGCCGCUGCUGCUGCCGCUGCUGCUGCCGCCUCCGCUGCGAGCUGCCCAGGAGCUGAGCCCGCGGGGACGCAAUGUGUGCCGGGCGCCCGGUUCCCAAGUGCUCACGUGCUGUGCAGGAUGGAGACAGCAAGGGGAGGAAUGCACCACUGCCCUGUGUGAGGGGAACUCCACGUGCUCGGAGAACGAGGUGUGUGUGCGCCCCGGAGAGUGCAGAUGCCGCCACGGCUACUUCGGAGCCACCUGUGACACUAAGUGCCCGCCCCAGUUCUGGGGCCCUGACUGCAAGGAGCUGUGCAGCUGCCACCCGCACGGGCAGUGCGACGACGUGACGGGCCAGUGUACGUGCCACGCGCACCGCUGGGGCGCGCGCUGCGAGCACGCGUGCUUGUGCCAGCACGGCGCGUGCCACCCGCAGAGCGGCGCGUGCCGCUGCGAGCCCGGCUGGUGGGGCGCCCAGUGCGCCAGCGCCUGCUACUGCAGCCAGACGUCCCAGUGUGACCCGCAGACGGGCGCGUGCCUCUGCCACGCGGGCUGGUGGGGCCGCAGCUGCAACAACCAGUGCUCGUGCAACGGGUCCCCCUGCGAGCAGUUCAGCGGCCGCUGCCAGUGCCGGGAGCACACGUUCGGGCCGCGCUGCGAGCGCUACUGCCAAUGUUAUCGCGGCCGCUGCAACCCCCUGGACGGCACGUGCGCCUGCGAGCCGGGCUACCGGGGCAAGUACUGCCGCGAGACGUGUCCAGCCGGCUUCUACGGCCCGGGCUGCCGCCGCAGGUGCGGCCAGUGCAAGGGCCAGCAGCCGUGCACGGUGGCGGAGGGCCGCUGCUUGACCUGCGAAGCAGGCUGGAACGGGACCAAGUGCGACCAGUCCUGCGGGGCGGGUUUCUACGGGGACGGCUGCGAGCAGCGCUGCCCGCCCUGCCGAGAUGGCCACACCUGUAACCACAUCACGGGCAAAUGCACGCGCUGCAAUGCUGGCUGGAUAGGGGACCGGUGCGAGACCAAGUGCAGCAACGGGACCUAUGGCGAGGACUGCGCCUUCGUUUGCAGUGACUGUAGCAGCGGCCGCUGUGACUUCCAGUCCGGGCGCUGCCUGUGCAGUGCGGGCGCCCAUGGCCCCCACUGUAACCUGACGUGCCUCCCGGGCCACCACGGAGUGGACUGUGCCCACACAUGCAGCUGUCACGAGGACACAUGUGACCCUGUGACGGGUGCCUGCCACAUGGAGACCAACCAGCGCCAGGGGGUGAUGGGGGCCGGGGCCCUGCUCAUCCUUCUGUUGGGCCUGCUCCUCUCGCUGUUGGGCUGCUGCUGCGUCUGCCGGAGCAAGGACCCGGCCCGCCAGGAUUGCCAGCCAAGGAGGAAGAAGAGUCCCCAGCGUCUGUGUGGCCGCUUCAGCCGCAUUAGCAUGAAGCUGCCCCGGAUCCCCCUGCGGAAACAGAAGCUGCCUAAGGUUGUGGUGGCUCAUCAUGACCCGGAGAACACCCUGAACUGCAGCUUUCUGGAGCCACCCUCCGUCCUGGACCCGCCCUCCCCAUCCUGGUCUUCCCGGGCUUCAUUUUCCUCCUUUGACACCACGGAUGAGGGGCCUGUGUACUGUGUGCCCCAUGAAGAGUCGGUACCUGAGAGUCAGGAGGGAGAGCCCCCUGGCACCCCGGCUGAGGUGCCUGUGGUCCUGGGGCCCAGGGAGGGGGAAGAUGCCAACAUGGGCUCCUCUAGGGCUGCUGACAGCCGGGAGACGGUGCUGCUGGGAUCCUCGGACAGUGAGAGGUCAGCUUCCAGCCCAGAGCUCCCGCCAGCUGCCCUCUAUGCCCGCGUGGCCCGACUUACCAAGCAGCCUCUGGCCGAGGGUGAGGGCCUGUCCCCCUCCCCCGAGAGAAGAAAGCCCCCUCCCCCAGACCCCUCCACCAAGCCAAAGGUGUCCUGGAUCCACGGGAGGUACAAUUCCCAUCAGUCCAAUUCCUUGCCUGCCUCCAACAAAGCCCUUGAUGCCAGCCACUGCCUGAGCAAAAGGAAACGGACCCCCAGCGAGACAUCCUCUGGCCUCCGCGGGCGGGGCGAGGAGCCAGGCAGCCCCAGGGGCCUCGACAAGGGGCAGAAGCCCCCCAGUGUCCCCGAGGGCCGGCCAGGGGGUAGUGAGGAGUUGUUGGCUCAGGGGCUCCCUCGGGUCCGGGAAAGGGGCCUCGGGAGCUCGGAGCCAGCGGAUGCCAGCUUGCAGAAGCCGGGAGCCAGCGGCCCGGGUGACAGGCCCCGGGCUGAGGGGCUGCCCUCCCGGCUGUCUCCCGAGGCAGCCGUGCUCCUGGCCACGCAGCUCAAGGAAAAGACUGGGAGCCUUGGCCGGGGGGAGGUGGGCACCCAGCAGAACGGGCUGGGGGCCCCCCAGCCCCACCGGGAGAAGCCUGCCCCACCCCAGAAGGCCAAGCGCUCCAGCUUGCCCGGCUCCCGGAAGGCUGGUCCCUCCACUUCCCCAGCCCAUCACAAACCCCAGGCGUCCGGCCUGGAGACCCCGGCUGCUUCUGGGGACGCCCUCGGGCCGGGAGCCGGGAAGCUGGACACUGGCAGGUCGGCAAGCCAGGAGCCAUCCGGCCUGGCCGAGGUGCCCAGGAAAAAGACCCCCAUCCAGAAACCACCCCGGAAAAAGAGCCGGGAGGCCGGCAGCGGGGAGCAGGUCAAGGCUGUCGCCUCCCCGCCCUAGGCAUCGCUGGGGGCGGGGGGAGCGAGGCCAGGGCCCUACCCGCACCCCACCAAACCCCUCUUCCCCGCCCUCAGGCCCUGCGUCGGGGCUUUUGGGAGCUGCAUCCCCUGUCUGUCUUCUCCAGAAGUUUGUUGUUACUCUGAUGUAGUCUGUAAUUUGUACCUGGGUUUGGGUUUGAGCUCAGCCUGUAGAGCCCUGGCCAGUCUGGCUUCUCAUUGGCCAAAACCAGGAGAGGCCUGAUCGGUUUGGCUUCUCAUUGGCCAACGCCAGGAGAGCCCUGGCGGGUGCGAGCCUUCUUGAUAAGGGAGCUCUGUCCAGCCUGGCUUCUCAUUGGCCAACGCCAGGAGAGCCCUGGAUGGUCUGGCUUCUCAUUGGCCGAAGCCAGGAGUCGCCCAAAGCAGGAGAACCUUUUAGGCUAAGGUCAGGCGCGCUUGGCGGCCCAGCUAAUUGUACCUAGCGGAGGAGAGCUGGACUUCCCAAGCUCCUGAAACCGCUUCCUGCCCCGUGCCAGCCCCUCCCCGCACUGUGGCUGGGAGAGCUUUGUGCCAUGUUCAUCCCCCCCCCCCGCCCCCUGCUCAGCGCCAGCCCCGCCCCCAGCCCCGCCUUCCUCUGCAGUCAAGCUGGUUUUGACUGCUCCACAGUGGACACGGGAGGAGAUGCCCGUGACCACACGCACAGGAAAGGCGUAUUUAGGAGCUAGCCCCGGCGGAGCCAGGCACCUCCGGCGGAGAGACCCCGCAGGAUGGGUUUCCGACAGGUGUGUGUUUGUGGGGGGGGGGGGGCCUUUGCCAAAAGCUUUCUUAAUAAAAACGUGUAUCUUUCUUGAGCUUGGCCGAAGUCCUGCCUGCCGGCCGCCGGCUCAGACCGGUCCCGAGCACGUGCCCAGGGGCAAUCUCCUGUAGGAGCUGCGGAUGGAAUCAGCGCCAGAAGGGACGAGACGGGCUUCAUUCGCUCUUGCUGGGCCCAGCGGUCAGGCCCAGGGACAGUUGGGGAGCAGCUGGGAGGCAGAUUUUGGCCCAAAUUUAAGAGAAAACCCCAGAAGGAGAGCUGGCCCAGGAUGCCAAUGAGGGCUGCCUCAGGACGGGUCGGGCUUCUGUGUGUGUGGGGGGUGUGUGUCAUGCAGCGGGGUUCUUGUUCCGGGGCAGGUCUGAUGAGCUGGCCUCUGAGUCCUUUCUCAUCAUCAGAUUAUGAAAUGAGGGGUCCUGGGUAUGAAGUGUAUGUGAUCCCAGACACAUCGCCUUUUCUGUAACAUGAGGUGGCUUCGUGGGAAGAGGACUUCCUGUGGACUUACAGGGCCUGGGUUCAAAUCCUGCCUCUGACACUGCCUUUGUGACCUUGGGACUGUAACAACUCCUCUGGGCCUCAGUUUCCUUAUCUGUAAAAUGUGGAGAAGGCAAGGCAAGCUUUGACCAGCCGGUGAUGGUCGUGCCUUUGUGCCCGGGGCCCAGGGAGCAUUCCUGUCUCUCUGCCACCCCUGCCUGGGCCUCCAGACAGCAGCAGCUGCAGCCUGGCCCGGCUCGGCCCUGGCUCAGCCCCUUCCAGCGCAAACAUUUGGUUUCUGAGGCUUCCUCCCUUCCUCUAGAGUCAGCACAGAGCUCCGCUGUCCUCCAUCAAUGAUUCCUUGUCUUCAGGCAGGAAGCCUCCCCCUCCCCCGUGUCUGGCCCAACUGUCCAGGAGCUUCCCAGCCGGGCCUCUCCCCCUGCACUUUGAAAUGCAGCUCCCCUUCAUCCUCCCUUCGCCCCCCAGGGUCCCCCUAACCAACCCCGAUGUAAAGGCUGACACCACCCCUCAGCUUGUCAUUCCAGGGUCUACACUGGCAGCCCCAGCUUAAUCUGUCUUUUCCUCAUUCGCAACCACAACCUAGUACAAGGCAAAGGAGCCUGGGUUUGGGGCCAGAAGAUGCGGUUUCAUUCCUGGGGCAGCAGGAUUGUGGAAAGGAGCCUGGGCUUAGAAACAGGGCCUGGGUUUGAAUCAGCCCUUAGAUGUUGGCUAGCUGUGUGACCUUGGGUGAGUCAUUUAACCCCAGCCUCAGUUUCCUUAUCUGCAAAAUGUUGGGGUCGGCCUCAAUGACCUCAGAGCCGAGUCUAGCCCUUAGUCUUGGAAUCUGACCUCUGGUGUAAGGGGAGGCCAGACCUCAAGCUGAGCUCUCUCCUGGCUUGGAAUCCAGGAUCCAUUCU